AUGAACACACACUACCUGACCAGUUCGCGCACCAAUCCGCAGUUCUACAUAUUCAGCCAGCUCCUUGGCCAGGACCUCAAUUGGACUAGCGAGCUGUGCAACUGGGAGGCGAUUCAAAACGUCGCCUGGGAGGAAUUCUGGCAGCGUGAGGGGCACGAACUGCUGGAGCAGAAGUGGCACAAGCGGUUUCCCGAGUACAAGCAACUAAUAGAGGUGGUCACGCCGGAGGAGCAAGAACUUUGGCAGGAACUGUGGGAGAAACACGCCAGCGAUUCGAGCGCCAAGUUCUGGCACAUCUUUAGCUGUGCCUUUGAGAAUUACCAACACGAUUUGGCCAAAUCAUUUGGUCUCUUGGAACAGGAUUUAGAGAACUUGAGCCUUGACACUAAGCCAAGAAAGAUCAAACCACGAAAAACAACAGAAAGCGAGCAGGAGGACUCCUAUUUGACGGCCAACGACGAUCCCGAAGAUAUAGACGAGGAACAGCAGCUGCUGCUUUUGGGUUUACCCACUUGCUUUGCCUCUAAAGCAAUUCAAAAGAACCGAAAGCAAAGAAAGCCUCAAGUGGAAUCUUCUAGCAGCGAUAGCGAGGAUAGUGACGAACUGUUCAACAUGGAAAACGAUGAAAACCGCGCUCUCCAUGGCGUUCAAAGUGGUGGCAUCAAAAAGAACAAACGCCGGCAAAGGCAGGCCAACAAACUCAAGGCCAGGAUGCCCGAUUUCAUGCAGGAGGAGAAUAGUAAAAUGGUCAAGUACUGGUUCAAGCGCUUCUCCCUGUUCUCCCGCUUCGACCAGGGCAUCCGGCUGGACCGCGAGAGCUGGUUCUCGGUGACGCCCGAGAAGAUUGCCAAGCAGACGGCCCGUCGAUUGGCCUGCGACUUGAUCGUGGAUGCCUUUUGUGGCUGCGGCGGCAAUGCCAUUCAGUUCGCCAACACCUGCGGACGCGUAAUUGCGGUGGACAUCGAUGCCGAGAAGUUAGCCAUGGCGAAGCACAAUGCCGGCAUUUAUGGAGUGGCCCACAAAAUCGAGUUUGUUCAUGCCGAUUUCCUGCAGUUUGCGGCGAGCACCAGGAUUCGCCCGAAUGUAGUGUUCCUAAGUCCUCCUUGGGGAGGUCCGGACUACCAAAAGCAGGCCCUCUUCGAUAUAGAGAAAAGUCUGCUGCCCGUGGGCGCCAGUCAUCUGAUGCAGAUUUCUCGCCGACUGGCGGCCGACGUUGCCUUCUUCUUGCCACGCAACUCGGACAUGAAACAGGUGAUCGCGCUGAGUGGAGCGGGACAGCAGUGCGAGGUGGAGCACAAUUAUCUGGACACAAGGAUGGUGGCUAUGACUGCCUAUUAUGGUAGGGGAAUUAUAAGGAGUCAGUAAAAUAUUUGUUAG